UGAAUUUUUCAGAUGCCGUCAACUCCUGAAGAAUGGUUAUUAGUUUCAGAACAAUAUCAAGAGUUGUGGAACUUUCCAAAUUGCUUGGGCGCCAUAGAUGGAAAGCAUGUAGCGCUACAAACUCCAAUAAACAGCGGCAGCGAAUACUAUAACUAUAAAUCACACUGUAGUAUUGUAUUAUUCGCUUUAGUUGACGCAAAUUACAAUUUUAUAUUUGCUGAUGCAGGCUGUCAGGGUCGAAUUUCUGAUGGAGGCCAAGAAGUCUACCAGGAAGGAAUCAGGAGGUGGAGUAUGUAUUUCUCGGACAUGAAGCAUUUCCGUUGAGUAAGCAUAUUAUAAAGCCAUUCUCAGGAACCCAUCG